AUGAGAUCUAUCUCUGCAAUAUUCUGCAUCAUCUUCUUCUCUCUUCUCCUGUUCGUCAGCCUCAGCUAUGCAAGAAAAGACGUGGGAGAUUAUUGGAAGAACGUGAUGCAGAAUCAACCUGUGCCGGAAGCCAUUAAAGAAGAAGCAGAAAAUAACAAGAAGGAUCGCUUCGUUAGGGACUUUGAUAUAAAACCAAAUGUUAUAAUAUAUCACUCCCAUGAUGUGCCUGAAAAGACUAAGCCCUCUGUCAAGAACCUUGACUUAACUGGCAACAAGGGUUGAUUUGGGGCAAAAAGAAACACUAUAUAUAUAUAUAUAUAUAUGCUAAGUAUGAUAAUAUCUCAGCUAGAUGAUGACGUUUGUAUCGCUGAGAGAUGGAGUAUAUUGAGUGUCCUGUAUUGAAAAUGAGAUGUAACAAAUAUAUUAAUGUCAUAAAUAAGGGAUUCAGAAUCUCUCUUGCAUAUAUAUUCAUCGUAGAAAUCUUCUAGGUUGUUAUUAGUCGUAUGCUGCAUCAGUCAGUGUCUUUUUUCUGCAGAAUUCUCAUGAUCUAUAAAAUCAUGUUGUGCCUUGUUGA